GGGGACGCUUCCGGCUCGGUGGGCGGAAGCAGCGGGCGGCUGGCGGCGCGGAGCGGAGCGGAGCUCGGAGCAGGCUCCCCGUGUCGGCGGCAUGAAGGGAGGCGCCGCAGAUUGCUGGAGGUCUGAUCUGUGCAGCACCAUGGAUUCAUCAGAAGAGACUGGAGGCUCCUCUGCAGAAGAAAACUACUUUGUGAACUACACCUUCACCGACCGCUCCCACUCAGGCCGUGUGGCCCAGGGUAUUAUGAAAUUAUGCUUGGAGGAUGAGCUCUUUGCUGAUGUUACAAUAUCAGUGGAAGGCAAAGAAUUCCAGCUGCACCGCUUGGUCCUCUCAGCUCAGAGCUGCUUUUUUCGUUCUAUGUUCACUUCCAACUUAAAGGAGGCCCACAACCGGGUGAUUGAGCUGCAGGAUGUUAGUGAGAGUGUCUUUCAGCUCCUUGUGGACUAUAUUUACCAUGGGACUGUAAAGCUGAGGGCAGAGGAGUUGCAGGAAACCUACGAAGUGGCAGACAUGUACCAACUGACUGCCCUUUUUGAAGAGUGUUCCCGUUUUCUGGCCCGUACGGUGCAGGUUAGGAACUGUCUGCAGGUCAUGUGGUUGGCAGAUCAACACAGUGACAUGGAGCUCUACACAGCUGCCAAACACUGUGCAAAGUCACAUUUGUCUCAACUGCAAGACACAGAAGAGUUCCUACACCUGCCUCUCCGCCUACUGACAGACAUCCUUACAGAUGGCGUUCCAUGUUCUCAGAAUCCAACAGUUGCCAUAGAAACCUGGAUCAACUUCAACAAGGAGGAACGAGCGGGCUUUUCGGAGACACUGCGGUCGAGUCUGAAGGUGAUAGGAGAAAAUGUUCACAUCUACCUGAUUGGAAAGGAGUCAUCACGUACACAUUCACUGGCUGUCUCUCUGCAUUGUGCUGAUGAUGACUCCAUAAGCGUGAGUGGCCAGAACAGCCUGUGUCACCAGAUCACCGCAGCCUGCAAACACGGCAGUGACCUGUAUGUUGUCGGUGGCUCCAUUCCACGACGCAUGUGGAAAUGCAACAAUGCAACCAUAGACUGGGAAUGGUGUGCUCCUCUACCCCGUGACAGGCUCCAGCACACCCUCGUCUCUGUGCCAAGCAAGGAUGCAAUAUAUUCACUGGGGGGGAAAACUCUGCAGGACACUCUCUCUAAUGCUGUCAUAUAUUACAGAGUACGAGACAAUGUCUGGACAGAGACCAGCCAGUUGGAAGUGGCAGUUUCUGGAGCUGCAGGUGUAAACCUUAAUGGUGUCAUUUACCUGCUGGGUGGGGAGGAAAAUGACUUGGACUUCUUCACCAAGCCCUCUCGGCUAAUUCAGUGCUAUGACACCAACACAGAGAAAUGCCAUGUGAAGCCAUAUGUACUGCCUUUUGCAGGCCGCAUGCAUGCUGCUGUACACAAGGAUGUGGUGUUCAUUGUAGCUGAGGGGGAUUCACUGCUGUGCUAUAAUCCCCUUCUGGAUAGCUUUACCCGGCUAUGCCUGCCAGAUGCCUGGAGCUCAGUACCAUCCCUCUGGAAAAUCGCCAGCUGCAAUGGCAGCAUCUAUGUCUUUCGUGAUCGUUAUAAAAAGGGUGACGCAAAUACUUUUAAACUCAACCCAGCCACCUCUGUUGUAACAGUCACAAGUGGCAUCAAAGUGCUGCUCACUAACCUGCAGUUUGUCUUGGCCUGAGCAGGAAAAACAGGCCCAGUGAUAGAAAGGGCAGCAAUGGUAUUCUGCUGGGCAGCUCAGAGGCACCUACCACACUCGGCACCAGUCCCAAUUACUAUGAGUUCACAACAUCCAGUAAAGACCCCAUCCUCUAUAGUGUGCAGAGGAAGUACAGGCUUUCUGGUUGUGGGCCUCUUCUGUUACAUAGCACUGUUAAAGUUGAACGGCUGCAUCUUAGAUUUCAGAUGGACUAAAUGCUAUUACUUUGAUCCUUUGAUGAUAAGCUGCUUGUGUUUGAGGCCCAAACGGCAGCAAGCAGCCUUUUUAGCCAGGAACCAAUCUGCCAAUAACAAAUCCUAUGGCAUGUGGACAAUGUCUUCCUUGGCCUAGACUGCUGGUUUUAAC